GGGAAGGCGUGGCUGAUUGGCUGCGGCCCAGGAGAUGUGGAGCUGCUCACACUGAAGGCAGUCAGGCUCAUCAAGGCCGCAGAGGUCAUCCUCUAUGACGACCUCGGGGCGCAGGCAGCUGUGGAUGAAUUUGCGUCUGCCAGCAGCGUGAAGGAGUAUGUGGGGAAGCGCGGUGGGCAGAAGUCGAUGCAGCAGGCAGAGAUAGAUGCUCUCCUCGUCAGGUACUGCCUUCAGGGGAAGGAAGUGGUGCGGCUGAAAGGCGGCUGCCCAUCAGUAUUUUCUCGUUGCAGCUCUGAGAUUGGGGCGCUCACUGAGGCUGGCAUCCCCCAUGAGCUGGUCCCUGGAGUGUCCUCUGCUCUUGCUGCACCGCUGCUAGCAGGGUUCCCCCUCACAGACACACAUGUAGGGCGCAGCUUUGCGGUGAUGAGCGCGCAUGACCCGGGGUCAAUUGAGUGGGCGGCGUUCAGGGGGAUUGACACGCUGGUGCUGCUUAUGUCGGGGCGUUCCCUUUCUGCAGCAGUGCAGGCGCUGCUUGCCGCUGGCUGGUCCCCUGACACCCCGGUGGCCAUUGUACGGUCAGCUGGGCUGCCAGAUCAGGCAACGUGGCUGGCUCAUCUGGACACCAUUAUAGAUGCCACUAAGGAUGCAGGCAGCCUGUCACCAUGCGUCACAGUUAUUGGGAGAGUAGUC